AUGUCGCACUUUGGAAUUGACCUAUUUGGCCGGGAAAACCCGCCGCCAGGUUAUCAUUCUGCUUCGGAAUUAUGGAGGAUUCAAAAUCUUGGCCCACCGCCCGAUCAACUAGCAACUCAGACAAUUGAUUUAAGCACAAGCUUCAAAUUAGUCUACCCUGACAAAAACUCAAACAACAAGCUCACUUGGAUACCAAGGAAAUCAAAAGGGAAGUUUUUAAUUUCAAUUCCAGCCAUUUCCACAACAUUUGAGCAAUUCCGUGAAAUUGUUGCUAGAAAGUGCAAAGAGAAUUCUGAGGGUGCAGGAGUGAUUGUUCAAAAUGCACUUGAGUCCGGCUCUCCUGGCAUCAACUGUAAGGUCUGGAUGAAUCUUCCAGCAGCCCACAAGUUUAAAAAGAAAGCCAACUAUAAAGUUAACAACAUCAAUUCAUUCACCCACUGGACGGCAACCAUCAUUGCAAAUGGGAAGGACAGGACCAAUGCAAGCUUGGAAGUCAAAAUGAUCAGCCCAGCCAAUUUAGAGAAAGAAGCAAAGGCGGCUGUGAAGAUCAAACAACAUGUGAUGACCCAUGCGUCAACUUCAAAGCAUCAAGAUCCGUCGACCUUGGUUGCAGCCAAGGAUUUCGAUAUAUACAAUGUCUACAAGGAUCAGAUCUUCGAUGCUCAUCCACCGAACAUCAAAUACCACAAGAGGAUUCCGGUCUUCAUUGAUCCAGCCGAUGAAACUCGUUACAUCCUCUUGACAACUGUCAAUGUUGAGAAAUGGGCCAAAGCCCUUUUCUUCUUCCUGGCUCUGCAGAGAAUUGCUCCCUUCCAUCUCUCUGAGCCAGUCAAUCCAGGAGUCAACUUGCUUGAGGCGUAUCUCAAAUUCAUCAAGAUCCCAACUAUUGAAAAGAGCAAGAUUGCAAGGAUUCUCACUGAACACAAGGCAAUGAAUCCUAGAUUUUUCCAAUCAAAGAGCAUCACCCAAGAUGUGAUGAAAGGCUGGGGCUUAGAGCAUCUCCACGGGGGUCGCUAA